GCUGCCUUCUUUGGGGUCGCACAGAGUCGCACACGACUGAAGCGACUUAGCAACAGCAGCAGCAGGUGGAGCCUACAGUGAAUAGUGGCGCAAUCAUUCAAUUCUUCAACACAAAUUUAUUGAGCACUUACUAGAUCUACCACAUUGCUUUGGCACCAAUGAUACAGCAAUUAAAGACAUAAAAAUCUCUGCCCUUCUGGGGAUGAGACAGAUUACAAAACGGUAUAGGUAGAGACUUCCUGUUAGUCCAGUGGCUCAGACUCCAUGCUCCUGAAGCAGAGCGCCUGGGUUGAUCCCUGGUCGGGGAACUAGAUCCCACUUGCAGCUAGGAAGAUGGAAGGUCCACGUGCUGCAACUAAAUCCUGAUGCAGCUAAAUAAAGACGUAAAUAUAUUUUUUAAAGCCAUAGGUAAAGUGAAUAAUAUAUUAGACAUUACUACAGUAAUCAAGCAAGUGGAAAACUGCAACUGGGCAAAGAGGGCAUGCAAGGCACAGGGAGAGACAGUGACAGGGUGUGAGCUUCAGAAGGAGGUUAAGGGGUCUUGGGGAAGGAGCUGGGCAGGAGAGCGUCCUUCAGCCGGGGUUGGAGAUAUCGGCGACCCUCUUAGCCUCCAGUUUCCUCCUGCGUCUUCUGUUCCCAAGAGUCGUCUGGAGACAGAGUGAAUCACUUAAGCCAAGUGCGGCGCGCGAGGCCUGGCAUCAAGGAGUCCCGCGGGUUCGGCCGCAACGGCUCGGGAACCGCCGGCGUCCGCGUCCACAGCACCGCCCGCCCAGCCGGAGCUGCCUAAGGCUCCAGCGCCAGACCUCCCGCGGUAACCCGGGAACCAGGGUCAAGCUCGUCGAGGGCACUCAGUCAGUGUUUGUGGAAUGAAUGAAUGACGGUCGUCCCUGGGAGCUUCUCUCUCCGUGCGGUCCCUGCUUUUGAAAGUCCAUGAGGAAAGACGGAACAAUGCAGCCAGAUAGGAGCUUCCAGAGUUUUUCCUCUAGGUACAGGCAAAGUUCUUUCACAUACGAUGUGAAGCGAGACGUGUACAAUGAGGAAAACUUUCAACAGGAGCACAGAAAGAAGACCGCGUCCUCUGGGAACGUGGACAUCGACAUCAGCACCGUCAGUCACCACGUGCAGUGCAGAUGCUCAUGGCACAAGUUCCGAAGAUGCCUGCUUACAGUGUUUCCCUUCCUAGAGUGGAUGUGUUUCUAUCGAUUCAAAGAUUGGCUUCUUGGAGACUUACUUGCUGGUAUAAGUGUUGGUCUUGUGCAAAUUCCCCAAGUCCUGAUGCUUGGUUUGCUGGCAAGGCAUCUGAUUCCUCCUCUCAAUGUCUCUUAUGCAGCUUUCUGUGCUUCAGUUAUUUAUGGAAUUUUUGGAUCAUGUCAUCAAAUGUCCAUUGGUACAUUCUUCCUUGUGAGUGCUCUGGCAAUCAAUGUCCUGAGGACAGAGCCAUUCAACAGGGGCCACUUAUUACUGGGAACUUUCAUCCAGGAUGACUUUUCUAACAUGUCCUUCUAUGAGAACUAUAACAGAUCCUUGAGUUCUGUGGCAUCUGUAACUUUGCUGACUGGGAUUAUUCAGUCAGGAUGGUAUCAGUGCAGGCCUAGUGGGGAGCCAGAACUUCCAUCUCCUCCCGGUAAAAAUGAAGAGUCCCUACUGCCUCAGGUGUCAGCGGAUUUUAAGAGGAGAACCUGGACUUCUACCUGGCCAGGCAGUAACAAGCUGUCUAUGGGCAUGUUAGGUUUUGGCUUCAUUGCCACUUACAUUCCGGAGGCUGCAAUCAGUGCUUACCUGGCUGCCACAGCCCUGCACGUUAUGCUGUCCCAGUUGACCUGCAUCUUCGGAAUUAUGAUCAGUUACAAUUCUGGUCCCAUCGCCUUCUUCUACAACAUAAUUAACUACUGUUUAGGUCUCCCUAAAGCUAAUUCCACCAGCAUCUUACUAUUUCUAACCGCUAUGGUUGCUCUGAGAAUCAACAAAUGUAUCAGAAUUUCCUUCAAUCAGUACCCCAUUGAAUUUCCCAUGGAAGUGUUUCUGGUUCUUGGCUUCGCUGCAUUUUCAAACAAGGUAAACAUGGCCACAGAAAACAGCCUGAUGCUCAUGGAGAUGAUACCUUAUAGCUUCCUGUUUCCUGUAACGCCAGAUAUGAGCAAUCUUACUGAAGUUCUUAUAGAAUCGUUCUCCUUAGCUUUAGUGAGCUCCUCUUUGCUCGUAUUUCUGGGCAAGAAGAUUGCCAGUUUCCAUAACUAUGACGUCAAUUCCAACCAGGAUUUAAUAGCCAUUGGCCUUUGCAAUGUCGUCAGUUCAUUUUUCAGAUCUUACGUGUUUACUGGUGCUGUUGCCAGGACCAUUAUCCAGGAUAAAACUGGAGGAAGACAACAGUUUGCAUCUCUGGUAGGCGCAGGCAUCAUGCUGCUCCUGAUGAUGAAGAUGGCACGCUUUUUCUACAGACUGCCAAACGCUAUAGUGGCUGGUAUUAUCCUGAGUAACGUCCUACCCUACCUUGAAGCUGUUUACACCCUACCCAGUCUGUGGAGGCAGAACCAGUAUGACUGUCUCAUUUGGAUGGUGACGUUCAUGUCUGCAAUUUUACUGGGACUGGAUAUUGGACUAGUUGUUGCAGUAACUUUUGCCUUCUUCAUCAUCACUGUUCAGUCACACAGAACUAAGAUUCUCCUCCUGGGUCAGAUCCCUAACACCAAUAUUUAUAGAAGCUUCCAAGACUAUCGGGAGGUUGCAAACAUUCCAGGGGUGAAGAUCUUCCAGUGCUGCAAUGCCAUCACAUUUGUCAAUGUUCACUACCUCAAGCGCAAGGUGUUAGAGGAGAUUGAAAUGGUAAAGAUGCCUCUUACAGAAGAGGAGAUUUAUACCCUGUUCAGUGAAAAUGAAGAGGCUGCACAGCGAGGAAAGAUCUGUCGGUGCCACUGCAGCUGUGAUGAGCCAGAGCCAUCGCCCAGGGUUAUUUACACAGAACGAUAUGAAGUUCAACGGGGCCGAGAGUCCUCCUUCAUUAACCUGGUCCGCUGCUCACGUUUUGAGGGCAUGAACACAGCCCAAACUAUGUCUGAAGACCAAGUACCGUACAUAACAUCUUCCUCAUCUCAGAGAAACCCAAACUAUGAGGAGGUGGAGAAAGUUUGGCUUUCUGAUGACCCCCCCAGGAGCAUGAUGAUCACACUCCCUGAGGCUUCUGAUACUCAGGUCAGGGCUACAAAACUCCUGCCUUACUCGACUUCAACUAUUCUACCCAGCAUCCACACCAUCAUCUUGGACUUCUCCAUGGUACAUCUUGUGGACGCACGGGCUUUGGUCGUAUUAAGACAGAUGUUCAGCGCUUUCCAAAAUGCCAACAUCUUGGUGCUCAUUGCAGGGUGUCACUCUUUUGUGGUCAGGUCACUUGAGAAGAAUGAUUUCUUUGACGCUGGCAUCACUAAGGCCCAGCUGUUCCUCACCCUCCAUGAUGCUGUGCUAUUUGCUUUGUCAAGGAAGUUGCCAGAGUCCUCCGAGUUAAGUGUGGAUGAAUCAGAGACCGUCAUACAGGAAACCUUCUCAGAGACAGACAAGAAAGAAGAAUCAAGACAUAAAACAAGCAGAAGUCUUAUAGAAGCCCCCAGAAGUAAAAGUCCAGGCUUCUCCUUACUCCCAGACCCAGAGAUGGAGGAGGAAUCAGACGUGGAUCUGUAUUCCACGAUACAGAUGUCUAAAGACCAUGGGCUGGAUCUGGACCUAGACCUGGAUCGUGAGGUGGAGCCUGAGUCAGAGCUGGAGCCUGAAUCUGAGCUGGAUCAAGAGACAGAGCUCGAGCCUGAGCCAGAGGCCAGUCCCAAGCCGAAUAGGCAGAAGUACUGGUCUCUGUUUAGGGCUAUAAUUCCCAAAUCCCCAACUCAGACUCAGGCUAGGACACAGUCAGUAGACAGGAGACAUCAAAAUGUGAAACCAUAUACAUCCAAGGCUGACACCAGUGAGGAUACCUUGGAGAUCUAGGAGUAAGGCAUCACAUUUCCUUGGCAAAUCCUCCCCACCCAAAUGGGGCCACUUGGCCCGGAGAUGCAGGCUACUUACAAACUAGCAGUACUUGCUUGGUGACUCCUCCACCUGCUGGCCUCCUUCCGUGCUCAGCACUGGGAUCGCACUCCCAGAUCACAAUGCUAACCAACCAAGAAUUAUCUCUGAAUUCCUUAUCCAGGCUCACUUCAUCUCACCUUCACCAGAUGUUCCACUGAGGACUUCCUUCUUCAUACCCCUCACCCUUGAGAUUUUUUU